AUGAAGAGUCUACGAAAGUCCAUCGCGAGGGACAGCAGCUCUCCCCACAUAUCCACCCCGAUCCCCGCCCUCUCCAAGCCGGCCGCGACCCUCGUGCCCCCGAAGAAAGUCAUCCGCGCUCACUCCGCUUAUCGCCCUCAGACCGCGACCGAGCUGCCCUUCAACAAGGGCGAUUUUUUCUAUGUCGUCCGCGAAAUCAACGACAAUGGCGCGUGGUAUGAGGCCCACAACCCGUCUACGGGCGCACGGGGCCUCGUCCCCAGAUCACUAUUUGACGAGUUCGCCAAGAACACUGCGACACCCCGUACAUUCUCCUCCAUAUCUACCCAACAAUUACCACCCAGCAUCCAGCCCGUGCCGAAAGUCAAGCCGAAGGUCUACUAUGCCGUCGUCCUGCACGACUUCCACGCCGAACGGACAGACGAGCUCGAGGCGCGCGUCGGCGACGCCAUCUCCGUCGUCGCGCAGUCGAACCGGGAAUGGUUCGUCGCCAAACCGAUCGGCAAGCUCGGCCGCCCCGGCCUGAUCCCGGUCUCGUUCGUCGAGAUCCGCGACCCGGCGACAAACAAGCCGAUCCGCGACAUCGACGCGCUGCUCGACAGCGGCGAGCUGCCCAAGGUCGAGGACUGGAAGCGGGACAUGCUCAACUACAAGGCGAGCAGCAUCGCCCUCGGCGUCCUGGACGACAGCACGAACGCCGCGCCGGUCCCGAACAGCCCGUACAUGCCCCCAUCGCAGGGCAUGCUUUCUCCUCCUAUGACAUCUACCAUGCCAGGCACCGCCGUGACCGUCUCUCCUGCCCCUUCGCCUAUGCCGUGGGGCCCCAGUCCAGCGAUCAGCCCGGCGCUGGGUCCACGCGCCAUCAGUCCCGCGCUGGGUCCAACCGCCAUCAGCCCCGCCAAAGUGAGUCCAGCAGCCGUGGACGAAGUACCGCCCUCGGCCGAGCCCGACCAGGCUCAGCCGUCGCCCGGCGCGGCCUCCACCUCCGCCCAGCCGAUGCUCCCGGACGGCAUCCUCCUCUCCGCCUCCGUCGUCUCCUUCCACUACGAGAUGGACGAGUACUGGUUCCGCGUCCACGCCGUCUUCCAGCCGUACGACCCCUCAGGCUCGACCAACCUCCCCCCGGCCAAACAGCUCGUCCUCUUCCGGGCCUACAACGACUUUUACGACUUCCAGGUCGAGCUCAUCCAGAACUACCCGCACGAGGCGGGGCGCAACCCGCCGCACCCGCGGAUACUGCCCUACAUGCCCGGCCCUGCCGAGCACGUCGACGACGCCGUGACCGCGACGCGCCAGUCCGAACUCGACGACUACCUCGCGCGCCUCUGCGCCCUCGGGGCGUCGACGUCGCGCCACGUCCUCGAGGACGUCUACGUCCGCCGGUUCCUGGCGCCCAAGCCGGGCGACGUCGAGACCGACAUCGAGCCGCGCGUGGCGGAGAUGGACGCCCUGGACGCGUACAACUACCCCGCGCAGGCCGACGACGAGUACGGGGAGGAGAUCCGCGACACCCUCGGGAACAUGAUGAUAUCCGAUUCGUCCCCCCGCGCGGGGCACGCGAGCGACGAAGGGUCCGACUACGGGGACGAUCCCGGCAGCGCCGGCGGGUACGCCAACGCCGCCGCCGCCUUGGCUCCCAAAACGACGAUGCGCGCCGUCGACAUGAACGGCGGCGUCGCGCUCCGGCAGCAGGCGUACGCGCAGAACCACCAGCGGAACGGCUCGCAUAGCUCUCUUCCCCGUGCCGGCGGCGGCGGUGGGAGCAGCAGCGGCCACCACUCGCGCACGAACUCGCGCUCCGCGUCGCCCAUGCUUUCCGAGAGCGGGAGCUCGCCGCGGAUGCAAGACGCGCGGUACAACGGCGGCUCCGGGUCGCACUUCUCCUCGGGGAGCGCGAUCUCGCCCCAGUACGGCGCGCCCUCGCGCGCGUCGCACGCCGAGUCGACGCGGUCCGGCUCGAGCUCGCAGACGUUCGGGACGCCGACGAACCUCAACUCGCCGCCGAUCUCCGCGACGAACCCGCAGCCGGCGUUCGUGAAGAUCAAGAUCUUCGACCGGAUCACGGACGACCUCAUCGCGAUCCGGGUGCACCCCAAGGUGACGCGCGAGCAGCUGAUGGAGAAGGUGAAGGCCCGCUUGGGCGGGGAGGUCGCCGCGCUGCGGUAUCGCGACAGCCGGACGAACGAUUUCAUCGGGCUCGAGAGCGAUCGGGACCUGAGGAUGUGGAUGGACGGGACGGACAAGCAUGUGCUGUAUGCGGACUGAGGACUCCGGGCAUGUGUGCAUGACAUGACGGAUUUUGGGACGUUUUCUGUGCGCGCUGGGUGGUUUCGAUUUCAAGUGGGAUUUGUAGUACUGCAUGUCUGGGUCAUGCAUGUUGCCGUAUGUGUGUGUAGAACAUUGUACUGUUAUAAUGUUAUUUCUGC